AUGACUUCUAACCGACAAUAUGACGUGGUUUUGCUGGGCCCAACUGGCUAUACUGGCCGAUUUUGCGCAGAGCACAUUGUGCAGAACCUUCCUACCGAUUUGAAGUGGGCUAUCGCCGGUCGAUCCGCGCAGAAAAUGGAGUCUAUCGCUCAGGAAUUAAAGACUCUUAACCCAGAUCGCCUGGACCCAGAUGUCCUGGUAACUCAACUGAACUCCACCGAGCUUACCGAACUCGCGCAGAAAACACGGCUGGUCAUCAAUUGUGUGGGUCCAUACCAUUUGUACUCGACCCCAGUCGUUGAGGCAUGCGCUGUCAAUGGAACUCAUUACGUGGAUGUUACUGGAGAAACACCUUGGAUCAAGGUGAUCAUCGACAAGUACCACGACACUGCCAAGGCUAAUGGCGCUAUUAUGAUCCCUUGUACUGGUGUUGAGAGCGCCCCUGCUGAUCUGCUGGCGUGGUCCCUGGUUAAGCGAGUCCGAGAGGACCUCUCGUCUUCAACCCGCCAGAUCAACAGCACUAUUAAGGAAAUCAAAUCCUCCGGUCCUAGUGGCGGUACCUUGAAUACUGUAUUGACCAUCUUCGAUGGGUUUUCAAUGUCCGAAUUAUCCAAGACAAUGACCCCCUUCUCGUUGGCAGCAUCCCCGCCACCAAAGAACAUUCCCGGUGAAUCAAUCCUAGAAAAGGUCUUCGGCGUGCGCUCCAUUCCCGACCUGGGUACCGUGACAACCUCCCUAUCUGGUGUCUGUGAUAUGAGCAUCGUGCACCGCAGUAGCAGCCUGAUGCCAGAGUUGUACGGGCAGAAGUUUUUCUUUCGUCAGUUCAUGUCGGUCCGUAACGUGAUGAUCGGCGUCGCUUUCCAUGUUGGUUUCUUGGUUGUGGUUUCGCUGCUUGCGCUGCCGCCGGUGCGCUGGCUGGUGCAGAAGUUCGUCUUUGCCCCCGGCACUGGCCCGCGCAGAGAAGACUCGGCAAAUGACUUUCUCGAGUACCAUGCCAUUGCUACUACGGAAAGUGCUUCACCACAGCGUGUCUUCGGUAAAAUCACUUACCACGGCGGUAUGUACCCAUUCACCGGACUGUUGCUGGCUGAGGCUGCUAUGGUUAUUCUUAACGAGGAGGAGAAGAUCAAAAAAAUUUCUCGCGGUGGUAUUGUUACUCCCGCUACGCUGGGUCAGGACUACGUCGACCGUUUGGAGAAAGUCGGCUGCAAAAUCGAAACCAAGGUGUUACAAUCCUAA